AUGGAAAACAAUAAUAAUAUAGAAAACAUAAAUUUAAUUAAAGAGACAAUGUUUGGACUUCCUAAUAGUGUUAUCUUAAAAACAAUACAUAAUAAUAUAGAUUUAAAAAAUUAUAGGGUUAAAAAAGAAGCUAUUCAGACAUUAAGUAAGUGCUUAUCUAUGUUUAUUUUAUAUAUAACUGACGGAGCAUUGGAACAUUGUGAAAAUGAAAAAAGAUCAACUAUUUUUAUUCGUGAUAUUUUGAAUUCUUUAGAUGAUUCCCUUUUUCUUGAAAUACAUGAUGAAUUAAAAAAACAAUUAACUAUUCAAGAAGAAAAAGAUAUAAUAAAAAAUUCAAAAGAAGGUAAUAAUGUUGAAGAAAAUAAUAAAAACAGUGAACAAAAUACACAAAAUAAUACAAGAGAACAAAAUAAAGAUGAUUUUGAUAUACUGUUACAAGCAUUAGAAUGA